CGUGUUCUUGACAGCAUCAAUUCUGAUUUGCUUGCUGGGAUUUCAAGUUAUUGUGGUAAGUUUCUAAGAUGAUGACUUUUAUAAUAGUAAUAAAAUAAUUAUAAUAUCAAUUACAACAAUAAUUUGUAAGACAGUUUGACUAUCGAAACAAUAUUUUCAGUGUAUAAGAAAUUCUUAACAGGCUACCAGCCGUGUCCUUUGUACUGAAAACUGCAUAAGCAUCAGACAUCAUCAGAUUGUUCAGUUAUUCUAAUUACAAACCAAUAAACUACGCACCAUCAUUACAAUUUAUCUCAACAAAUUUAAACUGAGUUUAAGAAAAUGUUCUGAAAAUUACGGAGGAAGUUCUAGAUGUCUAAGGAAAAAGUUAUCAUUUAUUCUGACACCGAUGCUUGAAAGAAAUGUGUAUGAACUAAGCUGAGGAACGAGGUUGCCGCUUACAUCCCUUUUCCUGUACAGAUGCCACCGAGCGGGCUGAUGUUCAUCAGGGUUUUACUCCAUUCGUUAUGCACAGUGUUUGAACUGGGAUUCUUCUGUUGGUACGGGUCUGAAGUCAUGCACAAGAGCGAGCGUGUGUACCAAGACGCAUACGAAUCUGAAUGGCAGGAUCUCUCCAGCGGGGCGAAGCAGUUCAUCUGUAUGAUCAUCAUGAGGGCACAGCGCCCGGCUGCAGUGAGAGCUGGACUCUUCGGGGACAUUUGCCUGCCCACAUUCACCACGCUCCUGAAGAAUGCCUACUCUUACUUGGCGCUCCUGCAGCAACUUCACGGUGGUGGUGCCUGAAAAAGGCAGCCCACUUACUAGAAUCGUGUAGCUGCGAGCACAACACAAAGCUUCUUCACACGUUAACGCCU